CCCAAGUUUCGUCAUGCCGUGGGUUUUCUUCGUCGCGGCGACGGCGGCCGCCGCUCUGGCACAUGCUACGAUCAUACCGAAAACCUACUCAAACCCCUGGAUCAGCAUCAUCAUAGAUGGAGAGCAGAAACGAGUAUUGCUCUCGCCAAUGACUCAAGGAAUUGUCCUCUUCCAGGACAUCGCAGCCGCGGAACAGAAACAUCGGAGCAGCCAAGUGUCGGUUGCGUUCAACGGGCACUCCGUUCAGACCAUGAUCAAGAUUGUGCGGCGACCUCCUCAUUUGCAUGUACCUUGGACAGUCGACGGGGUCAUCGGAGUGGGCAUCAAGUCCACUCGCACAGAGCUAUUGUGGCCGUACGUGAAUGGGUCCGAUCCCAACAGUAUGCAGUACACCUACAGUGGCAUGGAUUACGCUACGGGGGCCGCUAGCCUCCAAUUCGGUCCAUCGUCUGAUACAAUCCUCUGGUCCGAGCCUAUGAACACAGUAGACGAUUUCUAUUACCAGCGAUUCACAAGCUUUCCCAUGUACCAAGUUUCAGUUUGCGGCAAGUCUGUGACAGAGGCCACGUCGUCCUACUGGGACGCAGUCGUGGACUUUCGCAGCCCCUGCUUGACACUGCCCAAAGAGUUCUAUGCCACGCUGUUGGCGUGGGCUCCGCUCUCGUACAACGCGACUGUGAACCUCACUGUCGUCCGUCCCGGUGUCGCAGCUGCAGACUUGCCGACGUUGCGCUUUCAACUGUCGCACUUUUCGCCACUGUUAUCGCUGCCUCUGGCCUCGUUCGUCUUACCCGGCAAUGCCACUUUGCUACCAACAUAUCUCUGCAUCCAGCCAGGCCAUUCCGUGAAGCACGUCGUGGGCAAUCACUGGGCUUAUCCAGACAUCGACGACCAAGGCGAUGUGUUUACCAAUCCUCUUGACGACAACAUGCGCGUGCCAAACAUGUAUCGGUCGCCGAUUGUGCUCGGGACCAUGGCGCUGCAGUCCCUUGGGUUGGUCGUGCAUGCCAAACACACCCGCGUCGGCUUCCACCGCCCGUCGCCGCCGCCAUCCAACGUUUCAGGUGACUUUUCAGUCAUCACCACACCCUACUUGAAGGAUAUUGAUUUUUCACACAAGUGUAAGUCGUAGUAGAAGACACAUGCAACCGACCUGCCGUGUGUGUGGGCCACCAGACGUUUCGCAGCAACGCCAACAAGUGUUCCACUCCAAAUUGCGAUCGACGCUUCUACCACAUCUUGGACCACCCCACCCAAACCUGCAUCGUGAACCCAUGGUGGCAGGUCGUGGGCGUGGCACUGGUGGGGCUGUGUUCCUUGUACGAGGUCUAUUUUGACGUGAUAACCCAGCGAUUCAGUCGCGACGUGGUCGCUACGAACGAACGAUCCUAGAACAUCCUACGAACAAGCGACCACUGGAAUAUGAAUGUAUGAAUGUUGGUUUAUUU